GAACAGAGGAAGCGGGAGGUGCUGCGGCGGUGGCAGGCGGACGAGAUCCCCGUGGUAGUGGCCACCAUUGCGUUCGGCAUGGGCAUCGACAAGGCCGGUGUCCGGCUGGUUGUCCAUCUGAACCUGCCCCGCUCGCUGGAGGGGUUCUACCAGGAGGCGGGGCGGGCGGGGCGGGACGGCAGGCCGGCGGAGAGCGUGCUGUUCUACAGCCUGGAGGCCCGCACUCGCAUGGACUUCAUCCUUAGGAAGGACCAAGAGAAGAAGGAGGCUGACAAGAAGAACAAGAAGGGCAAGGAGGGC